AUGUUCGUCGACGCCAUGGUGAAUGACAUGACAACCCUUUUUCUGGUGGGUACGGGUGUCUCACACAACUUUAUGUCCGUGCAGGAAGUAAAGAGACUUAGGUGUCGAGUCUCGAAGGAAGCAGGCAGUAUGAAGACGAUGAAUUCAAUUGCCAAACCAAUUGAUAGGGUAGCUCGUGGUGUAGAGCUACACAUUUCUGCUUGGAAGGGAGUAGUUGACUUCUCCAUGAUCCCGAUGGAUGACUAUGAUGUCGUGCUAGGAAUGGAGUUCAUGGACAAGGUACAAGCAUUUCCCAUUCCAUUUUACAAUACUAUGUGCAUUGCACAUGGUGGAGCAAUGUCGUGCAUGGUGCCAGUAGUGGACAUAGUUGAGAAGGAAGUCAAACUAGUCCUGAAAAUGGUGGAGACAGUCCCUAAGGGGUUUGCAUAUAUCAUGCCCAAGGAGUUGCCCAAAACCUUAUCACCUAGGAGAGAGGUGGAUCAUGCCUUCGAUGAGUUGAAGAGGGCACCUUUGAAGGAACUAAUGCUAAGACUACCCGAUCUUAGCAAACCUUUGGAGGUACACACUGAUACAUCAGAUUUUGCUAUUGGUGGUGUACGCAUGCAGGAUGGACACCCAUUGGCUUUCGAGAGUCGGAAGCUUAAUGACACGGAGUAA